AUGCUCCAGUUUCACGGAAGACCGGAACAUUUAAACUCGCCAUCACAUGGAAGUUCGCUAUUGCGUCGAAGGGGAACAUUUGCAUUGAUAUUUCACGACUCGGAACAAGAACCCACAACACAACCAGCAUGUCGGUAUUUUAGGUCCAAAAAGCUGUUGGCCAAAGAAGAAAAGAUUCAAAUAAAUGUCAGCGGGAAAAGGUAUCAAAUGACUUCUCGACUGCUAAAGAAUUUCCCGAACAGUUUACUGGGCAAUCCUACAAAGCGUCAACUUUAUACGGAAAACGGUGAAAUGUUCUUCGAUAGGAAUCGAAUAGCAUUUGAGAGCGUUUUCAGUUUCUACACAACUGGAGGAAAGCUUGUACUGCCUAACGAUGGCUUAUCCGAGCAACUGGUAGCUGAUGAAUUGUAUUUUUUCGGAGUAUAUGACUAUUUGAGCCAGCACGACAAAAGAUACAGUUUGCCGCUUCCAAGAAGAUUGCAGACAAAGAAACUCUUUAAACCAAAAGGUGUUUAUCGAAAGAAAAUUUGGGAAGUGUGUGAAGUACCCGCAUCAAGUACUUUUGGGCGAAUCCUCAAUCUAUUUUCGCUGUUUGUAAUAACGCUUGCAGUUGUUUUAGCAUUCGUCAGUUCUUUACCAAACAUACGAAGCUCUCGGGAUUUUGCAGAGAUCACUACAUUGAGAAACACAACAAGUCAUAGGACUUCUAAUCAGAACCAUACGACGACUACAACAUUCAGCAGCUUACAUGCCAUGGAAUUUAUCUUCAAAGCUGAACUAUGUUGUAUUGCUUGGUUUACGUUAGAGCUUUUAGUACGCUUUAUCGUUGCUCCAGAAAAGCGCAAAUUCUUUCUCAGAGUUCUAAACAUCAUAGACAUUGUAGCAGUUCUUCCGUUCUACAUUUCAUUGAUCGCUUCAAUCAAAAACAUGGUCCCUAUUUACAUCAUCAAAGUCUUCCGUCUUUCAAGGAUUUUUCAAGUGCUUAAAAUCUCACGCCUUAAUUCAAAAAUGAAAGUUGUAGGCAAAACUGCUAAAGCCUGCGUGUACGAUGUCUGGACUAUUGUAUUUCUAACUUGCAUUGGCACGGUCCUCUUCGGAAGUACAGUGUAUUACUGUGAGCAGUGGGACGACGAAACUGUGUUUCUUAGCAUACCUCACGCAUGCUGGUGGGCCGUGGUGACGAUCAGCACGCUAGGCUAUGGUGAUAUGGUGCCUAAAACUUUAGGUAAGUCAAAGAACGAGCUCAACCGUACCCUGAUCCCCACGGAUAAAACACGAGGAAAGUUUGUUUGUUCAUGCUCAGUACUGGCUAAGUAGCCUUGGAAUCCCGGGUAGGAGGGAGUGCCGAGGGCUUGGGGGGGGGGGGGGGGAGGAAGACUCUGGAGGUAAAGUGAAGAGGAUGAUCGAAAUAUUUUUGAGGUUUGAAAUUCUCCAUUCUCUCCCAUUUUGGGGGUGUUCCAAAACAAAUUAGUGUGGUACCCGGCGAAGCCCUAGGGAUAUUUUGGGGUUUUGAUUCUUGCCCCUUUUCGAUUAUCCCCUUCCCGUUAACUCCGGAGUACACUCCCCGGCCUUUGAAUCGUCCCUGCGUCUUUCAAAUAAUUAAAAUUACUUUCAAUUAAUCAAUUAAUCAAUUUUCUUUUUCCACAGCUGGUAAGAUCGUGGCAGGAAUAUGCUCUGUUUCUGGUGUGGUGCUCAUCAUGCCGUUACUGCCGAUCAUUUAUAACAAGUAUGACAGGUUUCAAAAACUGGAAGACAGCAAAGUAACAACAAAAUACCGGAACAGUGUCAAGCCGAGGAGAAGAAACUCUCUCAGUUCUCACGGUCAACCCAAGAACAACGUUAUAUCCUAUGUUUGA